AUGACUUCAGUCAAGUACCUCGGUCUCGUUGCGUUCUUCUCGAUCGGUAUUUCCGGAAUAGAUGGCCACGGUAGGCUCAUGGACCCUGUAAACAGAGGCAGCGCAUACAGAAAAGGGUUUCCGACUCCUGUGAACUGGGACGACGACGGAAAUUAUUGCGGUGGUUUCAUGGUUCAGUACCAGCUCAAUAACGGUCUCUGCGGCGUAUGUGGCGACAACUACGCGGACAAACAACCGAGAGCGAACGAGAACGGCGGAACGUACGGGACCGGUAUUAUCGUUGAGACAUACAAAGCGGGGUCUGACAUACUGGCAAACGUUGAAAUAACCGCGAAUCAUUUUGGCUACUUCACUUUCGAUCUGUGUCCACUGCAAAACACGACUGACAUCGAGACCGAGGAGUGUUUCGAUGCGUUCAAGCUCGAGCUUGCGGAUGGCGGAUUCAAGUACGUAGUGGAUACUCCACGAGUUGGAGAAUAUUUGGUCAAAUUGCGACUCCCCGAUGGACUAACUUGCGAUCAUUGCGUUCUGCGGUGGCAAUACACCGCCGGAAAUUCCUGGGGUUUGUGCGAUGAUGGCACAGGAGCUAUUGGCUGCGGCGAUCAGGAAACUUUCAGAACCUGCUCCGACAUCGAGAUCCAAUAAAACUUUUAGCUUGGGUCGUAAGCGCUCCUGCAAACACACUUGGAAUAUUUCCACGAUUAUCACAUAAACUCGUGACCUAAAUUCGUAACUUUUUCAAAGUCAAGGAAAUUAUUCGAGUUGUGGUUGCAGGGAAUAGGGUAUUAUACCUUUUUUUGAAAACUGUUUCAAAAUAAUCCUGAGAUCGUAAUAAACCAGUGGAAUUUUUAUUUAAACUUUAUAAGACCGAAGAGUGCCUUAAAAACUAUUUUUUAUUUAUAAUUUUCAAUUUUCGCGAGGAAACGCUAGCCGCCAUGUUGUUUCAAUUUGUGACGUCACUCCGUUGGUAAACAAUACGAUUGCGAAAGACCAAGUAACAAGAUUUGUGAAUAUAAUGAGUUGUAAUAGUAUAUCAUUGGUGUCUCGUGCCUGAAUGCGAUAAUACACAAGUGUAAAAAUGCCACAAAAAUUGGGGAUUCAUCUCCACCAUGAACAUAUUUAUCAUUGGUAGAUUUGUACUUUUUGCUUUCACAAAACCGUCUUCCAUGAUGCGAUUUUAUAAUAAAAUGAAUGAUAAAAGUCCACAAACGUACAUAAUGACUUGUAAAAUUUCAAAAUAA